AUGGUUAGUAGGGGAAAUGAGCGAGUACGAUUGAUAUGUGGUUGCUCUGAGACUGAAAAGAACGAGAAAAAUGGAGAGAGAGCUGCUCUCAAGGAGAAUCCGGAUUUAGUGUAUCGUCCACAGAGGAAGAAACCAAGUAAGAAUAGUUUAGCAAAGCAGGAAUUUUCUAUGGACAGUCAUUCUCCAGCGUAUAUUAACAACAACAUGACUCCAGUCGUUCAACACAGAUAUAAUGGUUGUGCCACCAAUGUUUACCAGUGUCAGUCUUCAUCGCAAGGCGUCGCACAACCGAACGGCACUGUCUUUGUGGCCCAGCCAAUUGUGUACUCCUCUAUGCAACUACAGUCUACUUCUCAGGGAACACCAAUGGCCGUUACCUUUCAAACGCCACAAACACCGGUGCAAACUAUUCAGCGGCCAUACCAAACGCACCUGUCAGGCACACCUCAUUCUACUUUGCAAAACCAUCAUCCACCAGUCAGUGCUUCACAGAUGCUUGACAUGUACUACACAUCUCUCUGUCAGCCAGCUUUUCCAGAACCAGGUGAGACAAAUAACAUGGCUCCACCUCAGUAUUAUCUUGACCAAUAUCAACAGCUUCAUCUGCAAGCUUUAUCAGCGCAGAGCUAUAUUGGUGUUACUGCGGGUUAUGGGUCUUAUUCUGGGAUUUAA